GGACGAAGAAGAGGACGCCGCAGCGGCGCGCGACAAGCGCAGUUCGCGCGGCGAAGACGACAAGGACUGGGCGGGCCUGCGCGCCAUUGGCGUGUGCUACCAUCGCGCGUGGCGAGGCCCGCAGCUGUUCGGAGACCAAUGGGCCCUCCCUGACUGCGGCAUUCCGAGGAAAAAUUUGCGCUCUUCUCGAAGGGGUCGACACCCGACUCGCAGUUCCAUUCGGGGCGGUAUCGCGCGCGGGCCCCUCCUGUUGACACUUUACAUCAACCGAGUGCCGCUCUUGCGUAGAAUGAGGGUGGCCCCUUCACAGCAGCGGCAGAAGUCACGCGUGCAGUGAUCCCCGGGUCUUCUCCCUCGCUACCUCACUUGCUUCCGCGGCAGCGACGAUGGCCGCACCCCCACCUACUGGGGCUUCGCCCGGCGGUGGAUCUCCCGGCCGCGGUGUGCCGCCUGGCAUGGGUGUACCUCGAGGUAUUCCGGGUAACGCACCUCAGCAGGUCGCGCCUGGGGCGCCGCCUGGGGCGCCGCCUGGGGCUCCGCCUGGGGCUCCGCCUGGGGCUCCGCCUGGGCCGACAACUUGCCUCCACCACCCCCACCCAUCGCAGAGAUGGGCGAGGUGCAGGAUGCCGCAGAUCAGCCGGGGGAUGCCAUUCAACCGGCGCCAGGCACUUUUGUGACGACCACGGCAGCGGACGCGCCUGUAGCGCAGGUGAUGACCGGUGCGAAGCAGGAAGGGCCCAAGAAGGAAUACAUGGCGGCCGUCAAGUCGUACGAGGAGCUUGUCGGCGAAAACGUGGUUCGCGGCAAGAUGUACGUGGAGAGUAAGCCGCAGUACGAGGCGGGACCCAUGCAGGGUGCAGGAUUCGGUGGUAUGGGAGGCGGCUUCGGGGGACUACCCAUGGGAGGCGGGUAUCCCCAAAUGAUGGGAGGCUACGACAGGCCUCCGAUGGGAUACGACAGACCACCGAUGGGAGGAGGAGGUGGCUACGGGGGUUACGACAGGCCGCCCAUGGGAGGAGGCUACGACAGGCCACCAGACAUGUACGGACCUCCGAGGGACAGGUACUCGCCAGAUCGGGGCAGGUACCCGCCGCCCGACUAUGAUCGCCCUCCGAUGCGGGAACGACCGCGGAGCCGUCGGGAAGAUGACUACUACUACGACGAGCUGCCCAGAGGAGCACCGUCCGAGACCAAGUUGCCCGUGACGAAGGAGUCCGGGAGUCGAGCUGAGCGCAUCAUCCAGAAGAUACGUCAGGACAUCGAGGCCUUCGACAAAGACGAUGUUGCACCGGAAGACGUGGCGAACGUUCCGAGCAGCAAACCCAGCGGAAGCUUGGAAAGGAGGCCGCGAGCGGGACCCCUGCGCGCCCUGAGGAGGGCAACGGACGACUACGAGGACGACCCGGACGUGCGACGCAGUCCGCGCCAGAGGUCGUCCUCGCACCGGUCGCGGGAGGACAGCGACGACUACGACAGACGUGGUGGCCGGAGGAAACGGUCGAAGACGCGGUACGAAGACGAGGACAAGCAGCACCAUCACAAGUCCCGCAGGGACCAGUCGUCCUCCUCUUCCUCCUCUUCGUCUUCAUCGUCAGAUGACCGUCGACAGCACAAGAAGCGGCACGGUUCGAGCGACCACGGCCGCAAGCGCAGCGGUUCUAAGCGACGGAGCCGGACGCGGUCGAAGCGAAGGGACGAAGACGAGAGAUCUGCAUCGCGUCGUUCCCGCAAGAAGGGCCAAGGUAGGGAGGACGAGAUGUUUGUGCCUCGGCCCACGACUGACCGCAACUUUAUGGAUGCCGGCAUGCUGUACCGAUACGAGAGCCAGCCGUUAAUGCUUGUCAAGGGAGAUGUCUACAAAAAGGAGGAAGGCGCGGCGGCGGAUGCGCCAGAACAGGACGCCCCGAGGAACCCCGAAGAAGGAGCGCCUCAACAAGCGAGGUUCCUGCCGCCCGACCAGUACCAGGACUUCCUUCUGGACGUCCGGGCUGGUAGGAAACGCCCGGGAUACCCUGUUCGUGCGACACCUUCGAAUGUGGCUCAGGAACUUGGCAGGUACCAUGACUUCCUUUGCAGCGUCUUACCGGAGGGUACCGCUCCUAAUGCUCUAGCGGCCGAGGUUGGGAAGUACCACCAGUUCAUCCUGGGAACAAAGAGCCCCGCGGCCGACAAAUACGAGUUUCUUAUGGCUACUAACAAGGGCGUCGCGAAAGUUGUCAAGCCUUCUGCGGCUUCAUCGGCGGACAACCUCAAGAAGACCCCUGGCGGAUACCAGUCAUUCACGGUACAAGCGAAACCGCAAGCACUGAGCAAAGAGGAGGCAAACCAGUACCACGGAUUCGCCGUCCAAGCGCUGCCUGCCGAGCCGCCUAAGGAAUCCCCUAGCGACAACGCGUUCACGAUGCAGACCAUGCCUCGCAGAACUCCCAGCCGGCCGAAGGGCGAGCGCUACGAACACAUGGAAGACACGCCGCAGCUCAAGACAGAGUGGUGGAGCCGCACAGCGGGCGUCUUUGACGGCACCGGCAGGCCCGCAUCCCGGAGCAGGUCGAUGAGGGGCCGCCGCGGGCUGGCGAGGUCCGCGUCCCCCCGCAUGAUUUCCCCACAGCGACGCAAGGAGUACGACGACGAAAACGCCGAGGCGUACCAAGUGACGAACGUCGAGAUGGAGGGCCCCAUGGGACAGCAGUACGCCCAGGUGCGCAUGUCGAGGCGUUCCGGAGACGCGGGCAGGAUGUACUCGAUGAACCGAAAGCUGUCUCCCACCGCUGUCGGCUACGGAAGCCCGCCUCGUGUUGCGUCGCCAGAGAUGCUCGCAAUGCAGAUGCAGGGGAUGCAGAUGGGAGGAAUGCAGGGGAUGCAGAUGCAGGGCGUACCGAUGCAGGCGAUGCCCAUGCAAGGGAUGCCCAUGCAAGCGAUGCCAAUGCAAGGGAUGCCAAUGCAGGGGAUGCCGAUGAUGGGGAUGCCGAUGCAGCCCAUGGCCAUGCCGACGAUGGCCAUGCAGGGAAUGCCCGUGCAGUACGACCCUCGCUCCGGGCGCGUCCCGAUGCGCAUGGAUCGCAGGAUUCACCAGAUUCUCACUCAGCAGCAGGGAGGAGGAGGGCGCCACAACGCCCCCACUACUGUGCAGGCGCAGAUAGACGGCGUGGAAGGCGUCACGUUCAAGUACCAGAUUCAAAACGAAAGCAGGCAGCGUCAAGCGGACGACGGAGACACCAAGACCAAAGACGUGUUCAUCGAGACGUCGAAGGAGCCCUCAGUGGAGCGAGUCAUGAGCAACGUGCAAGUGCAGGUCGACGAGAAAAAAGUGUCCAAGGCGACCAACGCCCGCGUCAAAACCCGCGCGUCAUCGGCGGCGACGCACGACGCGGGGUCCAGGAAAAACGCCGAAGCUCAGGCAGAGAUCGAAGAAAUGCCUCACGUUAGCUUCACGAGGAACCCCAACUUCGACGCCCCCCCACCCGGGUAUCCGUUUCCCAUGAUGCCGCAGCCCCCUUCGCCUCCGCCGUCACAGGUCAUCUCGACGACUACUGUGCACACGCAUCAGCACCACCACCACUAUCACGACCAGCAGAAGAACUACAAGAUCGCCUACUUGCUCCCAAAGAGUGGCGACAUCAGGAGGGACAGGUCCAUCCAAGCCCACGACCGCUACGAGGACCAAGAGCCUCUGGGUGCCGCCGUGGGCGUGCAGUGCCUGUCUCUGUAUGAGAGGUUUAUGAACUGGAUCUACCCGGACACGAAGCAGACCGAGGAUGUGAGUAUAAUGACGGACGCUGAGGAACUCACCGAGGACAAGAAAAAAUCCGUCAAGAAGGGCAAGAAGGGCGCCAAGAAGGACGCCGAGGGCAAGUUGGAGGACGGCAAGAAAGACGAUAAGAAGGGCGUCGGCAGUGAGCCGGAAGCUGAGGCGAAGGGCAAGUCCGCCGAGGCCAUCGAGAAAGGCGAGGGCAAAGACAAGGAAAAGCAGGAAGAGAAGAAAGAAGAGGAGAAGAAGAAAGUGCCUCCUGGUCCUCCGAUACCGGUUAACCUGCCGUGGCAGGGACACGAGUACGAGUACGAAGAGCAGAUCAAGCCCGACGGCACACGCGUCGGCACAUACCGCUACAAGGGUCUGGGCGGCGCGCCAAAGUAUCCCGAUGACCAAGGUGCAUCCAAGGGAUCGCUCAGGUUCCCCGACGACCAGGCUUCCAAGGAGCCCGUGGCCUUCGAGUCCACCACUACUCGCAUGGAGGUGGACGGGCAGCAGUUCUGGCAGCGCGAGAUUCGCCCCAUACCGGACAGUGCGCGUGCGGCACCGAUGGCGCCCAUGUCGCGAGAGGUGUUCCAGAGGCGCGAGAGAGAGCAGCCGUCGGCGCGGUCCGUGUCGACCCCGCAACACGUGCGCGUCAACACCCAGACGAGGGCGCGCGCCGUGGAACGAGGUGGAAACAAUCGUCCCGACAACUUCGUGCCCGACGUCCAAAUUCGGCUGGACUUCGGCGACACUUCGGACAACAGCGGCUCGCGCGACUCGAAGAACAAGUCGUCCAGCGCGGGCGCUUCGUGGCAGCCCGCCGACAUGGUGGUCUCGUACGCGCACAAGAACUUUGACGACAAGAACAUGGUGGACGAUGACGAGGACGACGACGACAUGCUGCCGUCCGGACACGUCUACGGAGGUCACGGCUCCACUAAGAAGCUCAUUAGGAGGGGCCGCAAGGUGCGCGGCAUGCCGAACAAGGAGCUGAUGGCGUACUCCAUGGUGGUCGUCGUGGCCGUCGUAGGCCUUGCGCUGCUCAUCACCAUGAGCGGCCACAGGACUCAGUCGAGGCAGCCUUUUGGACUCGAUCGCCACCUCGUCCUGAAUGCUUCCAAGUUCAAGGGAGUCCAGGCAGGCCCAGCCAACGGUGGCUUCUGGAAUGCUGCGCCCCCAGUAUGCAGAGAUGCUCGAUGCUUGACCAGAGGAUCAGCGGCUGUCAAACAUCUUACCAAGGACUACUUGAAGACCGCUUGCACGGAUUUCUAUCAGUUCGUGUGCGCCCACCGAGACGUGACGGAGUCGCCUCGCGUCAUUGCCCACCGUGCCCUCGAAGACGGCGUGCUCAACGUGAUCAAGUCCCAGGAGAAAUACCCGGAGCUGAUGACCGCCAGGCACCUGUACAAGGAGUGCUUGAACAAAGAGGCAAUCAGCGAGCGCGGCUGGGACCCACUGGCCGAGCUGCAGGAGUCCACCGACCUGUCUGGCUGGCCCUUCACCGACCCCGUGCAGCAGCCGCUCAUCUGGCGCGCCGCGGCCCGACUGCUGCGCCGGUUCAACUUGCCCGCACUGCUCUCCGUCGGGGUGGAGAAGCACCCGCACAAGCGCGGCGCCAACAUACUCUCGAUUGGCCAUCCCGAACUGCUGCUGCCUUCGCGGGUGGGCAACCGGUCGGUGAAGUGGUACUACGGCGCCGUGAUGCACGCGCUGUCUCCGUUCCGCGAGCGCCUCGUCACCCCGGUGCUCGCCGUCGAAGUGUCCGCAUUCGAGAGCCGCCUGGCCAACAUGCUGCGCCCCCAGCCCAGGAUGGCCGUCAAGAAGCUCGCCGAACACCCAGAACUGACCGAGUUUCUUAGCAUGGCCCUCGAGAACAUCACCCACGUGACCAAGUACACCGAGUUCCUGGUCAAGGACGUCGAGUUUGUCAACGAGCUCGUCACCGCCAUCAAGGAGACUGCCCCGCACAUCGUGCUCAACUACUUGGGCUUCCGGGAAGUGGUGGUGGCGUCGCCUUUCCUGCCUUCCAAGCUGCAGGCCCUGAGCGCGCUGGGCAGGUCACCGGCCCUGCGCAAGGAGAUCUGCCUGAGCGCGAUCGCAGAGUCGCUCCCGGUCAUGACCCUCUACGCCGGAUUCAACGCCUUCAGGCAGGGACUGCACGACUUCAAGGCUGCAAACGUCACUGGAGCCACAAAAGACACUGUGUCGUCCUUCGUGAAGAAAAUAAGCUGGAUGGAUGACGCGACGAAGGCCAAGGUCUCAAAGAAGAUGCUGAGUAGCCAUGUAAGAACCUUCCAUCCUGGCUGGAUAACGGACAAGUUCAAGGUUUUCGCCCAACACGAAAACGUGCCGAUGGUGACUGAAAACGAGGGUCUCCGUUCGUACGCGACCAUUCGGAAGGCGCUCUUCGAGAACACGUUGAAAACAGAAGCAGCCCACAUCGACGAAAGGUGGCUGGGCACCAUCCUUGACCCGGAGUGUUCCUCUGACGCCCAAGGAACAAACAUCUAUGCUCCGGUAUCCUUCUGGAACGUCUCGUAUCCGUCUCACGACAACUUCCUGAUGAUGCACAUGCCGGACACUCUGCCCAAGAUCUCUCGUUGCUUGGUGGCUCAGCUUCUGCGAGAAGGGGCCGGCGACCAUGCGAGCCCUUACUCGCAGCCCACGUGGUCAGACGCCACCAAGAAGCACUUCAGGAACAUGCGCCAGUGUUUCACCAAGCAGCUCUCCGAGACCGCCAGCCAGAACGCUUCGAAGACGGAGCUCCUUUCAGUGGUAGCAGACGCCGCUGCAAUCAGCCCAAGCUUCAAGAUCUACAAGCACUUUGUCAACCAGAAGAACAUCGACGGCAAGAGCUUCGAGAAGGCCUUCAACAUGAAUGUCGACCAGUUCUUCUUCGUUUCCUACGCAUCGAGCUACUGCGGGAGCUCUCCGCCUGUGAAGCCUUCCCACCAUAGCGAGGUGACCAACCGUGACAGGGUGAACACUGCACUGAAGAACAGCCCCGAGUUCCACGCCGCCUUCCGGUGCCCUGCGAAGCGCGCCAUGAACCCCGCUCACCGCUGCCAGCUGUGGCACACAUCGUGAACACCACGACCGCCACUUUCUUCCGCAUCCGAACCGCCAACAGACGCACGAGAGAAAGCCGGGAUUCGAAGCGAAAUCUCCAAAAGAAGUUUUGUUUUUUCUGAACUGGGACCCAUUGUGCCUGGACAUCAACAAAAAGUGCCGUGUCGACAAAGUGUUCUGUUAUAUAAAUUUUUUUUUCAGAUGCC